UUUCCUCAUCUGAAAAAUAGGGUUUCAGGACUUAGUCUUCCUCCUACUUAGAUUGUGAAUAUUGAAUAUGUAGGAUAUGGAUUGCAUCUGACCGGCUUAACUUGUAUUUGCCACAACGCUGAGUAAAGGGCUUGGGGCAAAGAACCCCCUUACCAAAUAGAGGUUACUGUUCUUUUUACUGUUACUGCAUGAGUUAUUCUGUACUCGUGGAGUAACAAGUUGUCAAACUGCUAUUUUUUGGAAGUAAGCUGUUUUUAGGUUAACCAACAAUAUUUAUACUUUAAAAUGUUUCUUCCUCCACCUGCGAACUUUUUAACUGGCCAAAUAGGGACAAACCGUUUAGGUGAGCCCCUUCUCACAAGUAGGAAAAGCUGAGACGCGAGCAGGCGUUAGAAAGAGCAGCUUUGCGUGAAGGAAGACCGAGUUCCCUUCUUCCUCCACGAGGGCUCGGUGGCGCGCACGCUGCUAAUCGGCCCCGCCUCCUGCGUUCAUUCCUUCCAUUUUCUUCUCGUCUUUAACCGUCGGCAUCGACCCAGCGAGUUGGCGUACUUGGAGGCGAGUCAGCUCAUUUGGAGGCGUUUGGUGCCCGAAGCUGAGGCGCCGUUACUGGUAGCCGCAGUAGCACUGAGCCCCCGGGUCUCUUUGCGGAAACAUGUGAUUCCGCUGCUGGUGCCUGGCAAGUGAGUGAUCUCUCAGCCUACCCGCCACUUCGACCACCGUUGUGUUCCCGCCCCGCUCGGGCAAUGACUGCGGAUCCGGCCUCCCCGCUGCGGAUAAGGGACCGACUGCUUCAGGCCAUCGACCCCGAGAGCAACGAAACAAGAUUAGGGAAACUCAUCAACGAUGUAAGAAAGAAGACAAGAAAUGAAGAGCUUGCCAAACGAGCCAAGAAAUUGCUGCGAAGUUGGCAAAAAUUAAUUGAACCUGUAACAUCUGAGCCGGUGCCCCACUUAUCAAAUCCACAUGGAUCAGCCAACAGUGGUGCUCCUAACUGUAGGCAAGAUAUGUUACCUACUACACUUGCUGGUUCAAAGUUGAAAAGCAUGAAUGCCAUCCCAGAAGUAAGCACCCCAAAAUCUGUAAAAGUGAGAAAUAAGGAAAAAAAAAUUGUUCCAAGAGAAGGACAUCAAAGCACUCCUUCCAAAGUAUCUAAAGCCAACUCUGAGUCAUUACAAAGCUCUUCUCCCAGUCCAACUACUGGGAUCAGAGGAAACUCUGAGAGUUUUCCCAGUUCUCUCGACUUCAAGAUGCGCCCAGACUCUGAAAACCUCAGGACGGAACGUAGUGAAAAUGAUAAGUAUAGCAAAAUACCAGUAAAUGCUGUGAAACCUCAGCCAAGGUCUCCAGGAAUUUUAAAGUGUACAAGCACUUCUCCACAGUUUAGGGCUGCAGUACUUCAGCAACCUGAUAAUAUAGAAGAAACCACAGGGCAGCAGCAAACCAGAAAUCUGUGUUCAUUUAGUCCUACAAAUUUAAAAAAUGAAACAUUUGUCCGACAACAGGAUGUCUGUCAUGUGAAGCAGUCAAUGGCCAAUCUUUCGCAAAGAUCACAGGUUCCAGGCCUUUCCCAGGUGCUAGCCUUGUCCCCACCUCUAAUUUUACUUCCAUCAAUGGCUCCUAAGGCAGUAAAAUUACUGGAAACUUCCCCUCAGUCGGGAACUGUUACAACUCAACCCUGUCGGGAAUGUGUGUCUUCUGAAAAUUUCCUUUGCCAUUCGGAACAACUACCUUUCCAGAGCACAUCUCCCAACUUUGAGGUCAGUUUUCAUCCUGAAGAAUCACAAUAUGGGUUUUCCCCAGGUGCUAUAAAAGUGGACACUGUUGAUUCUCCCUCAGAACCAGCCAAUAAAAAGAAAAAAAGGUACAGCUCUAGAGAUUAUUCAAUGAAUUUAGAUGAACUAGUGAGAGAAGGGGGUCUUAAACCUGUAAGAUUAAAAGAAAGGAAGCUUACAUUUGAUCCAAUGACAAGACGAAUCAAGCCCCUAAUGCAGAAGGACUCUUCACAGAGUGAUAUCCCCGCACCUAUUGAACAGCCUAGAAUGGAAAGGCAGGAGCAAAAAAACAUUCUGCACAAUCCAUUUGAACAAGCAAAUUGGAAAGAACUGUCCAGAAAUGAAAUGAUUCAGACCUAUUUCAACCGACAGAAUAGUCUGCUUUCCACUUCAGGCAUACAAACCCCAGGAGCUCAUUAUUUUAUGAGUGAACAUUUGAAAAGGGAAGAAAACAUUAGAAAAGAAACUAGAAUGACUCAUGCGCAGAUAUCAAAGAGCAUACCCACAGACCCACCUGGGCUCAAUAGAGAGGUUACAAGCAAUGAUCUACGCAGCUUAUGGGAAUUUUACUGGCCAGGUGUGAAUGGUUGUUAUGAUACACAGGGUAAUUGGUAUAAUUGGACACAGUGCAUAUCUGCAGAUCCACAUGGUGCUGACAGUAGAUUGAAUAUUUUACCUUAUGUCUGCCUAGACUGAGUACAGUUUUUUGCGAAAGUGCUUUUAAAAUGGCAAAAAUGGUAGGUCACUAGCCAUACAGCCUGGAGAGUCAACUUCUUGUUGGAAAACAGAUUAGGAAGGAGAUCAUCAAAAUAAAUUCACCAUCUUUUAUAAAGUGCUUGCUAGUAGUUUACUAACAAAAAUAGCCAACAGAGAGUAUCCCAAGAUUUGGCCAAAUGUGUUCAAAACUGCAUUUAACAUUAAUCCUCCAAUGGACGCAGAUGAUUCCCAGCUCUUAUCAAUCUUAAUUACAGAAUUUACAAUAUUUACAAAAUACUGUGGAAGAGUAACUUUUUGGUUUCAUUUGUUUUCUUUAGCCUGAUACAAAACGUACAAAAUCCUGAUUUUAUUUGCAUUAUAUUUCCUUUAAUUUCAUGAAUUUUCUUAAUGUUAUGGUACAUAAGUUAUUUUAAAUAGGUAGUGCACCACAAUCUGGUUAGCCAGUUUUGCUUAGCAUUGCAUUGGUGCCACGUAUUCUAGUCUGGUUUCAUUUAAAAUUCAGUCUCUAGUAAAUAACCUGAUUUUUUUUUUACUUUUGAAAGAUCUUUUUCCUUCCAUUACCAACCAGAAAAUAUUUGCCACUUUUCCUUUAGUGCAAAUUUCUAGGAAAUUUCUUUUUUCUAGCACUGAAGUAGCAGAUGCUACUGUUGAGGGUGUUCUGGAAAUAAACUUGUUACCCGUUCCUUUAGAUACUGUUUGCCUUAUAGAUAUACAUAAAAAAAUGUCAUUUCCCAAAUGCCUUAGUAAGUCUAUAUUGUUGAGGCAAAGCCUUAGUGAAACACUUCUGAGUUUCUGGGAUGCAGAAGUGAACAGUUUUGCUAUUUGGUCCUUUAAGUGGACUCUGAUGUGAAUGUGGAAAUAAAAACAUUAUGGAAAAGAGUU